AUGAUCGUGGCUCUUUGCCCUCAGGAGGUCUCGAAAGGUGGAUCUGAGUCUCCGGAUGCGAGGUUAUAUAGGAAGGCUUUUGAAAAGUUCAAGGCAGAAAUCGACUUGUUGGUGUCGGGUUCUCGAUGCGGCAAUGUAAGAGUGUUUCGGCUGCCGGUGCCGAAAGACUCGACUGGAGUGGUGGGCAAAGGGGCCCGGGGUCGUGAGGGCGACCCUUUGAUGCUGGAGCAGUGGGAUAAGCUAAUUGAGGCCUUAGGGGAUUUGGUGAGUAGCGGAAUAAGCUCCCGGUUGGCGGAGGAAGUGCGACGGAAAGAGAAGCUGCAGUCGACCGGAACUCUGGCCAAGUACACAGCGGUCUUCAGCGCAGCCGAGCACAUCUCUGCCUCGCUCUAUCGCUGUGGCUUAGUCGUUGAGGCACUUUCCGUGUACGACAGUCUUGAUAUCAAACUGCAAGACGACUCCACGAACGGGAAGCGAUAUAGGACCCUGUUCUUCUCCAGCGGCCUACCUCAACUAGGAGGCAGCCAGCCCAUUUUGUUGUUAAACAAAGACGACGUCAUCGGCAAAUUGCUCUUGCCAGAUACAAUCACCUACGUUGAAUUCCGACAGUACCUUAUCAAAAGACAAUGCCAAUUACUAUUCGCUCUACGGAAGACAGAUCGACUUAUAUCUCGGUUAUUAUCUUUUCUCAAAUCGUUUGCUCUAGAAUUCGUUGAUUUAAGCAGGAACGCGUCCAAAGACCCAGAGGCGUACUCAAGAAUGUUCUUGUUACAACUCGAAUACUCAAUUAUACCCUACAUUCAGGCUUUAAACAAUGUUGAAAUUAAGUCUGUCGCUCCAUCCGAAGACGUACUUCUGGCCUGCUCACAACUGUACUCACUCGCACUGGAAAACUUCUGGUGGCUCAUCAAUUGGAGGAUCAAAGACAAGGUAUGA